AUGCCAAGAAAGCGCAAAGGGGCUGAUUUGAGCCGCAGUACAAGUAAAGCUCGAAACUUGCGAAAUAGCAGAUCCGAAAGAACAGAAGAACAAAUCCAGCAACAAAAUACUGAUGCACGUGUCAGAAUGGCGCAAUUGCAUCAAGAAGAGCCAGAAGAUACACGAGCUGAACGCAAUGAAGUCAGAAGAUUAGAACAACGACAAUCACGCCGUUUCACAGUCAAUAGACGAAGAACAAAUGACCAACAACGACAACAGGUACAUCGAGCAUUUAUAUCUGAUUCAUUCCUGCGUCUAGCAUUCCAGUAUGAGCCCGAUAUUGAAUAUUAUGCUCAUUCAAAAGUGGUAAUUGGUGCUAUGGACAAGGAAUGUCCGCAUUGUCAUGCUCUGAAAUUCAAAAAUGAGCCAGCUGGGAUGUGUUGCGCGUCAGGAAAAGUGCAACUACCUGAAAUUGAAACACCACCUGAACCAUUGAACGGCUUACUUAUCGGCACGGAUCCAGAUUCUAACGUGUUCCUGAAGUCAAUUCGAAGAUUCAAUUCAUGCUUUCGAAUGACAUCGUUCGGAGCAACAGAAAUAGUUCGAAAUACUAAUGCAAAUGGUCAACAAUUCAAUUCUACAUUCAAAAUCAGAGGCCAAGUUUAUCAUAAAAUGGGCUCACUGCUGCCAAUGCCAAACGAACCACAUAAAUUCUUACAAAUCUACUUUAUGGUCGGCGAGGAUUCCGGAAGCGCACUUGCCAAUCGCGUGAAUGCACGUUGUGAUUAUAAUAACCUUGAUUCACUUUAUGCCAGGCGCAUCGUCAGCGAGCUAGAUGCUCUUUUGAACGAGCACAACGAGUUGUUGAAAAUAUUCAAAUCACAUAUGCACCAAUUACAAAGCGAUAAUCACGCUAUCGUCAUUAAUCCUGAUAAAACACCAGCUGGAGAGCAUAUUCGUAGAUUCAAUGCACCCGUUGUUGAUGAUGUUGCUGGAAUCAUGGUUGGCGAUUGUACAGCUGCACGAGAAAUUCUGAUUCGUAGAAGAAAUAAUAAUCUUCAGUUCAUUGCUGACACACAUCGUUCAUAUGACGCUCUCCAAUAUCCGCUAAUAUUCUGGAAGGGACAAGACGGAUAUUGCAUAAACAUAAAACAACGAGAUCCCGUAUCAGGAGCUGAAACAAACAAGAACGUUAGCUCAAAGGAUUAUUAUGCGUACCGAUUAAUGAUUAGACGUGGCCUGGACAACGUCAUUUUACGAUGUCGUGAGCUUUGUCAACAAUUCAUGGUCGACAUGUACGCGAAGAUUGAGAGCGAACGACUACGAUACUUACGAUAUAAUCAACAAAAGCUGCGCGCGGAAGAGUACAUUCAUUUGCGAGACGCUAUCAACAACAACGCCGACGUCGCCGAAAUUGGUAACCAUGUCAUUUUACCAUCAUCGUACGUAGGCAGUCCACGUCAUAUGCAAGAAUAUAUACAGGAUGCUCUGACUUUCGUGCGCGAAUAUGGACGACCAUGUUUAUUUAUCACGUUCACAUGUAAUCCAAAAUGGCCAGAGAUUACAUCUUUGCUACUGCCUGGCCAAAAUGCAAUACAUCGCCAUGACAUUACAGCACGUGUGUUCAGACAAAAGUUGAAGUCUUUAAUAAGUUUCAUUACUAAAUCACAUGUAUUUGGUCCCACACGUUGCUGGAUGUAUUCGGUUGAGUGGCAAAAGCAAGGAUUACCUUAUGCACACAUUUUGGUUUGUUCAUCGACAAAAUCCGUCCUGAAGAAAUCGAUAGUAUCAUUUCUGCGGAAAUUCCAGAUCCAUCCACUGACCAACUGCUGUUUGACAUUGUUACAACAAACAUGA